UCCAGGCCCAGUAGCAGCUGCAGGGCAUUUUUUUCCAGGCUGCACUUUGUCAGGACCGGUCGACCAGAGACAACAGUGAAAGAUAAGUGGGCGACUCUGGUGCCUUCUAGAGUGGCAUCUGUUCCUGCCUUCAUCAUACCCGAAGCUCUUUUGUAGCGUGCCAGAGGAAAUGUCAGACCCAGCGGUGGAACUCACCAGCAAACCCUUCACAGUCCAGUUGUCCAAUGUUUAUCUGAGCAUUUUGGCACUGUUCUGCUUUAAGCUCUUUGUAAAGAUUUCUCUUAAUUUGCUCACAUACUUCUAUAUAGUCCGUGGGAACCGUAAAGAAGCUGCCCGGAUAUCAGCAGAGUUCUAUGACUAUGGUCAACAACACAGAUCCUGGGCGGACCGCUCACCCCUUCACGACGCUGCCAAUCAGGGCCGCCUCCUCGCCCUGAAGACCCUCAUUUUACAGGGUCAUAAUGUGAAUGUUCUGACUAUAGACCAUGUGACACCCCUUCAUGAGGCCUGUCUCGCAGACCAUGUUGCCUGUGCCAGGGCGCUCAUUGAUGCAGGAGCGAAUGUCAAUGCAUCUACGAUUGAUGGAGUAACCCCGCUGUUCAACGCCUGUACAGUGGGAAGUGUGGUUUGCACUGAAAUCCUUUUGGAAAAUGGAGCAAAACCCCAGAGCCUUGUAUACCAACCUUCACCGAUACAUGAAGCAACCAGCAAAGGUCAUUAUGGUUGUGUUGAGGCCCUGGUGACUUGGGGUGCUGAUGUGGACAUGGACAUUCCUCACCUGGGCACAGCGCUCUACACUGCCUGCGUCUGCCAGGAGCUGGAGUGUGCCAGGAAACUCCUGAGGGAAGGUGCAAACGUGCAGAAAGGAAAAUCCCUGGAUUCUCCUUUACAUGCAGCAGCAGAAAAGGACUGCACAGCUGUGGUGAAGCUGCUACUGGAUUUUGGUGCAGAUAUUAAUGCCAGAAACACAGAGUUUCAGAGGCCAGUAGAUGUGGCUCCACCCAGCAGUCUAACAGAAGGCUUCCUGCUGCUUUACGAAGCCACGCCACGCCUGCUGAGCCAGUUGUGUCGUCAGUGCAUUAGGAGCUGUGUUGGCCGAGACAGACUGCACCUCCUUUCCCACCUUCCUCUUCCUAACAGGCUCAAGAACUACCUGCAGUACCAAUGACCGGCACAACCAACAAACCCGAAUGGACUCAAUGAAAGAUGCAUUUAACUAAAAAGCACAUCAGCACCACAAAAACUAUUUUGGCUGUAAUGCUAUGGUCCCAACCCAGUAUGAGGGAUUCUUUAAACCAGCUACACUAAACUGACCCGGUCCUCAGCUACAGAUACACCUCGGCUCUGAACUUCACAUCCACUCAUCAUAAUCAUACAUUUAAUGUAAAUUUGGGGCUUUUAAUGAGGCAGUUUUAUUGGAAUGAUUCGACUUCAACAGAUUUCUAAGGUGCCCAAAUUUGUACUUUAUGUGGGUUUUCUCUAAUCUACACAGGAUCACAAUUAUACAUACAGGCUGAGACAUACAUACAGCGGCCCUGAUAUUAGGAUAAAUGCCUGUUACAAAGUUGGAGUUGUGUUUGAUGCUCAAUAUUUGACCACUCUUCACUCUAAUGAGAAAUGAUAAAUCUUAUUUAAAACGGUUAAUUUCCUGACACAGACCUGUCUUUUAGGUAUAUUUUUAGGUAGAUUUCAUGGUCUUUUCUUUCAAUACACCAGUACCACUGGCAGCCAAUCAGACCCUCAGAAUGAUGCUACCACUACCAUGCUUGACAGUCGAUACUAUGUUCUUAGGUUUGAAAGCCUCAGCUUGACUCUUCCAAACGUUCUUCUUUUUAUUGUAACCAAACAGCUCAGUCAUUGUCUCAUCUGAGCAUACAGCUUUUCUCCACAACACAUUUUGCUUGUCCAUGCAGAUAGCUGCAGAUUUGGGUCCAGCUUGGAGGUAUGGAUUUUGGAGCAGACACUCCUUUGCUGGUGAGCCCCCUCUCAGUCCAUGUUGAUGCCAAGCUUGCUUCUCUCUAGACGGUGACACUCCUGUUUCAGUGUCUUCCACUUCACAAUAGGGAUGAUUCUCGGUGGUUACUGCACUGUUCUUGUACAUCUGUACCAACUUCCUUUCAUUUAGGAGGGCAGUGUGAGUGAGGUUAGAGAAAGUUGGACACAAGUGGCUGUUCCAAUGGGACAGUGACCCAAAACACACAUCAACACCAGCUUUGAAAUGAAUAAAACAGGCUGAUCAUAACCUUCUAAAAUAACUCAACUUCAGCUCUAUUAAUAAUUCAUAGACAAUGUUUAAAAGCAAGGUCCAUACAAGGAAACCAACCAAAACCAACCCAUUUAAAUGAGAUCUUCAAUUUCUAAUAAUAAGACUGGUUAAAUACCCAUCCAGAAUUAUGCCAGAACCUUGUUAAUGGUUUGGAGUUUUCCUGCAACUUGCUAUGGGACAUUUAUCCAAAUUAUUGGGUGAAUAUAUUUAAGCCUGUGAGAAUAAUUCUGACCCCGAGUGGAUUAGAGAAAAUCCAUAAUAAAUUUAAGCAUGUGCUCCCAGUUCAACCUUUUUAAAACCACUGAGGUUUUAUGUGUGUAAAAUAAGAAUGGUUGAAACGCUUCAUUAAAAGGUCUAAAUGACUGUGACAUUCAUGGCCAUGAUGAAUGGAUGUUAACUUCUGACUGGAAGUGUGCAUAUAGCGUACUGUAAGGAGGUUACUGAAUGGAAAGAAGCUGCUGCUUGAACCAAUUUUUAGGGGGUUCCUGGCCUAUUAGUGUAACCCAACCUAAUGGCCUUGGAAAGUAAAUAUUCAUUUCUGUUCUGCGCAUGUUUGAUGCCUUGUUAGUUAAAGCAGCUAAAACCACAAGAGCACUUUAUAUUGGAAAAUAUGAUUUUGAAAGUCUUUCAUGUAAAAACACACUACAGUAUACAUGAAUAGCUUUACUUUAUUUAAUAUUUUAAGCACUCAACACUACUUGAUGAUUUAAAGUUGUUUUUAAUUUUUUUGCAUUCAUAAUUUCAUGUUUAUGUUGCCUAAAGGAAUAGCCUUUAUAUAAUACUGAUUGAAGAAUAAACAUUUAACUGAAUAAUCUCAUUA